AAAAAUAAAGCAAGCGAAGCAAUUUGCGCAUCACGAAGGUCAUCGUUGUACGCACAAAUUCCGCACUAUCUUUCUUCCUCACAUUCUGCUAGCAGCGCCGUGCGGUAGCGGCGGCGGAGAAAAUUCUGAUUGAUAUCUGAUUUCGCAUUCAACUGGUGCACAAGCACUGAUGGCAUCUAAGUUGCAGCAAUUGCAAUCCAAAGCUCGCCAAGCAUCACAAUUUGUAGUUAAGCGUGGGACCCCUUACUACAAGCAGUUGCUAGAGGAGAACAAGCAUUACAUUCAAGAACCACCUACCGUGGAGAAAUGCAACCUACUGGCAAAGCAGUUGUUUUAUACGCGUCUUGCUAGCAUUCCUGGUCGUUGUGAGUCAUUUCGGAAGGAGCUAGAUUAUGUCAAGAACUUGUGGAAGAACAGACAAGAACUGAAGGUUGAAGAUGCAGGUAUUGCGGCUUUGUUUGGCCUGGAGUGCUUUGCCUGGUUUUGUGCCGGUGAAAUUGUUGGAAGGGGAUUCACUUUUACGGGUUACUAUGUUUGAGAAUAAGCACCGGCAGGGUUUACUUCAGGGGGGAAAAAGAAAACUUCGUGGGGCUCUGGCCAUUUAUGCGUUGUGUGCAUUAUGGUGCAUUCGACAAGCCAAUUUUUGUUUUGUUUUUUGUUUUUUGUUUUUUUUCUUUUCCCGGAAUUUGAUCUUAGAAAAACGAAAGUAACAAACUGGUGUUGAACUUGAUAAGCCUUAAUAAGCCCGUGUAUUCGAAGCGGGAUUAACAUUGCAUUGUUUUGCCAUCACUUGGAAGGUUGCGCUGACCUCCCUUGCUCAUGAA